AACGAUCUGGCAGCAUCGCCCGCUCUGUUUGCUUUUGCUGAUGUGUUUUUGUUUCUGGGCUGAUUGUCGUUUAAUGGCUUAUUAUCUGCUAAUCCCACACCAUGACUGAGAAAUUCAAUGGUUUCAGCCACGACGAGAUCCUCAAGAUUACGGGCGUAAAGGAGGGUGGCGUAGGCAAAAGGGCUGCGAAUCUGGAAGCAGCAAAGCAGGCGCUCCGGAAUCAACCCGGCAUUCGACGGAUGCCCGAUAAGAUCUUCCGGCAGGCGGAUCAACUACGGAAACAGCAGCAGCAACAGCAGCAACCAACUAAAAAACCUGAUGAGGUGAAGAAGACCAAAUCGGGAACGGUGACUCCCACGGAGAAGCCAGAAAUUCCCACGGCAGAAGAUGACGUAGUUCAUGAAUCGCUGAACCUAGACCGCGCACUUUCCGAUUCAUUAAUGGAGGCUCUGUACCAUGGCCAUGCUACACCAAGAGAUAACAAACCCACACCCACUGCCACGUAUGCGGAUGCUGCCGUCGAGAUCAGUGAGGCGACGUCUGCGGACGACAGUUCGAUACUGAAGAUCAGCGGCGGUGAUAGCCAAAACACUGGCUCCACUUACGAUGCCAGCAUCCUGCCGAGCAGCAAGGACUCCACCUCGCAGGAGCGCCUCAACACGGACUCACCUUUUAAGGGCAUAUCGCUGAAGGACUUCGAGCAGCACCGUCGCAUGAUCGAGGAGCAGAACAAGCAAAAGAAGCAAUUGCUCUACCAGGCCAUCGAGCAGCACACUCAGAAGACGGCAGCGGAGUCCCGCAAGAUCGAGGAGAUUCGCCACGAGCUGUCCAAGCUGGAGAGCGAUCUUGCCGUGGACGUGGCCAUGCUGAGGAAGCAGAUUGACAAUGCCUGCAUACAUUUUUCUAAUGUAGAAAAACAAUAUGUAAAGAUCGAGGCUCAGUUCCUGCGGGCCAAGAUAGAGCUGCACAAUGCCUCCGAGAAGAAGGAGUUGCUCACCGAGCAUCUUUGCACCGUAAUUGCCCACAACGAGGAUCGCAAGGCCGAGAAGCUCACGGAAUUGAUGCAGAAAGUGGGCCUGGCGCCAAACGACGAACCCCUGCCAUCCCCUGCAACCCGAUUGUCAAUUGAGCCUAAUUAGUUUUGGUUUCAUUCGAAUAUUCAGCCCUGUUCCCCUUUUGACCAAGGAUUCAUUUGUGUUGCUCGCUAAAAAUGAUAUUUCUUCGAAUAAUUGAUAUUAUCUGAAUUCUUAUUCUGCUCUAUUGUACUUUAAUUCUUAAAUCAAGCAGGGCUGAUAUAUUUUGAGUGCUCUCUUAUAUUAGUGUGUAAUUACUGUUCUUAGUGUGAGUAAAAAGUGCAAAUUGCAAUAAAAUAUGUGUAUGUUAUGUGUAAAAUUUAAA